UUGUAGAAGAAUUAAAGUCUAUAAUUUGUUAUAAAUAUAUCAUGUGGUAUUUUACCAUUCUCAGGGGGAACCAUUAUGGUGGACAAAAGCAAAGUAUUUUCUAUCUGGACAUUUUAUAAAAUUGUAAAAUGAAAAUGAUUGGAAGCGUUUUCUAUUUUGUCGUGUUUGCAUCAUACAUGAUAGGUAUUGUUCAAUGCCUGGGAUACAUAGAAACCAACUUCAAGGAGUUUGUAAACUUUGAAGGGAAACGUUUCGAUGGAAGCUGUUGUGAUAAGCCGGGUUUCUGGGGAAGCUGGGGCGCCAAGAAAGAUACAUGUACAGACGAAUGCGAUCACAAUUUUGUUAUAUGUAUGGGAAAUGGCACACAAUCAAGCAGUAUGUCAGCGUGUGAGUUUGGCCAACAGGAAAUAGACCAUGUCGGCGGCAAUAAAAUAACCUUUAACAGCCACGUGGGAACAGCGGAUAACCCAAUAAAGUUUCAGUUUGGAACAUGGCCGGGUGUUGUUAAACUCAAAAUAGACGUUCGUGAUAGAGACGGGGACAGUGAAUUUGAUUUUGUUGAUCAUUACGAGUAUCAGUACAACACACGAGAUCUACAGCGAGAAAUAGACGCCCCUGAAAAAUCUCUCGUGCUUACUGGCUCUCGUACAAGAUUUGACAUGGAACUCAAAGUGUACUGUGACCUUCACUACUAUGGACCCGGUUGUGAAACUUACUGCAUAGAGACGGACGAUAAAACAGGACAUUAUAGGUGUGAUCCUGCUACGGGAGCAAAACUAUGCAAAUUAGGUUGGAAGGGCGAUGACUGUCUGACAAACAUAGAUGACUGCGUUGGUAACCGUUGCUACUAUGGGGCCACGUGCAUCGACGGAGUAAAUUUUUACAGUUGCGUCUGUCCAGCAGGCCGAACAGGUUUUACUUGUGAAGCGGAAAUAAACGAAUGCGCAAGCGCGCCAUGCCAAAAUGGCGGGAGAUGUUUGGAUGCAUCGAACAGCUUCAUCUGUGAAUGUAUCCCUGGGUUUGCUGGACCACUGUGUGAAGUAGAAAUUGACGAGUGUCGCUCGGGCCCGUGCUUGAAUGGAGGCGUUUGUGUUGACCAGAAAGCCGCCUACACGUGCGCAUGUCAGGAUGGUUUUUCUGGGGACCGCUGUGAAAUUGACCUAGAUGAAUGCUUGUCAAACCCAUGUAUAACUGCAGAAAAAUGCGUUGAUCUACCCGGGGACUUCAUGUGUGAAUGCUUCCCGGGCUUCACAGGAAAGAAAUGUGAAUAUAAUGUAGACGAUUGUGCAAGCAAUCCGUGCGAAAAUGGUGGCUGGUGUAUAGAUGAAGUAAACGCAUUCAUGUGUUCGUGCCAAUAUGGUUUCACCGGAAAAUUCUGUGAAGAACGCGUUAAUCACUGUGAACCAAACUAUUGUGAAAAUGGUGCAACUUGCUCCAGUCUAGAAACGACUUUUGAAUGUCACUGUACACAACAGUUCACCGGAUUGUGGUGUGAAUCGGAUAUUAAUGAGUGUCAAACUGACACAGAAAUAUGUAAUGGAAAGGGCAUAUGUGUAAACACUUUUGGGAAUUAUUUCUGUGAUUGUAUGGUAGGUUUCGAGGGCAAACAUUGUGAAAUAGAGACAGAUGAGUGUUUAACCACGGAAUUUCCAUGUCUGAACGACGGAAUAUGUAUCGACUUGAUUGGGAAAUUCCUUUGUGAUUGUUCCGGAACUGGGUAUUCAGGAAAAAUGUGCGAGAUGGAAAUAAAUGAAUGUGAAAGUUUUCCGUGUGAAAAUGCUGGUUCUUGUAAUGAUAGACUAAAUGGAUUUGAAUGUGACUGUCUCGCUGGAUUUGCUGGAGAAAGGUGUGAACUAACUUUGACGACAACAACGGCGUCUUCCACUUCAACUACUACGUUUACAACGCCUGGUAGUCCUUCUUCAAUGUCUACAACAUUAACGUCUAAUAUACCGACCAAUAUAUCAUUUUCAUCGUCUUUGUCAUCGUCGUUUCCUUCGAUUGCAACAUUAAGUACAACGCCUUCGUCUUCCUUACGGACAAGACCUACAGCUACAACUACUACAUCCAAAAUAUCAACUCCUUUGGUUUCAUCAAUUUCUACAACAAACAAAUCAACGGAUGGACACACACAACCUCCUCUGCUAUACAAUGACACUGCCAAUAUAACAACAGAUGCAACCACAGUGCAAAUAACAAUAAAUGAAACAAUUACAGAAACCGCUGAAAAUACAACUAUAAUUGAAACGACUACAGACACUGCUGAAAAUAGAAGCAAUAUUGGAACAACUGCAGAAACUGUUGAAAAUACAACCAUAUCCGAAACAACCGAAACAACUACACACACGGCUGAAAAUAUAACCACUACUGGAACAACUACAGACAGUGCUGAAAAUAUAACCAUAACUGAAGUGGCUAUAGAAACCGCUGAUAAUAUAACAACAACUGAAACAAUUACAGAAGCAGUUAAAAAUAUCACAAUUAAUGAAACAGUUGCAUCAAUAUUUGCAAAUAUGACCACAGAUAGGUUAGUUACAGUAACGGAAAUACCAGGGACAACGCCUGCAUUUACACCCGAUUCCACAGUCGAUACAUUUCAAACUUCGCCUGAUUUGAUUAGUACUGUUGGAAGUACUGGUGGUGAUGCUGAUGUGAUGAAUGAAAGUAAAGGAUACGAUUACGGGUUAUCAUCAUCGGGUGAAAUUCUUCCCAAUGAAACUUCCCAUGAAACUAUUAAACAAGAAUACUAUGAAUCAUCUGGUGAGUAUGAAUCGUCAGGGGAAGUAAUUGAUACAGAAAAACAUGUAUCCUCUGGUGAAUAUGAAUCGUCAGGGGAAGUAAUGGAGACAAAAGAACUUGUAUCAUCUGGUGAUAUCGACUUAUCGGGGCAAGUAAUUGAGAAAGAAAAACUUGUAUCAUCUGGUGAAUAUGAAUCCUCGGGUGAAGUAUUUGUGACAGAACAUGUAUCAUCUGGUGAAUAUGAAUCGUCAGGGGAAGUAAUGGAUUCAGUACACGUAUCAUCUGGUGAUAUUGAAUCCCCAGGUGAAGUUAUUGAUACUGAAGAAUUUGUAUCUUCUGGUGAAUCUGAAUCCUCAGGAGAAAUUAAUGAGACAGUAGCUGUAUCAUCCGGUGACUAUGAAUCGUCAGGAGAAGUUGUCGAGAAAACGCAUGUGUUAUCCGGUGACUAUGAACCGUCAGAAGCUAUUGAGACAGUACAUAUAUCAUCUGGUGAAUACGAGUCGUCAGGUGAAGUUAUUGAGACAGCUCAUGUUUCAUCUGGUGAAUAUGAAUCGUCAGGAGAAGUUAUUGAGACAGAACAUGUGUCAUCUGGUGACUAUGAACCGUCAGGAGAAGUUGUUGAGACAGUACAUAUAUCAUCUGGUGAAUAUGAGUCGCCAGGUGAAGUUAUUGAGAUAGUGGCUGUAUCAUCUGGUGAAUAUGAGUCGCCAGGUGAAAUUAUUGAGACAGUGGCUGUAUCAUCUGGUGAAUAUGAGUCGUCAGGUGAAGUUAUUGAGACAACGCAUAUGUCAUCCGGUGACUAUAAAUCGUCAGAAGCUAUUGAGACAGUACAUAUAUCAUCUGAUGAAUAUGAGUCGUCAGGUGAAAUUAUUGAGACAGAACAUGUGUCAUCCGGUGACUAUGAACCGUCAGGAGAAGUUGUUGAGACAGUACAUGUAUCAUCUGGUGAAUAUGAGUCGUCAGGGGAAGUUAUUGAGACAGAACAUGUGUCAUCCGGGGACUAUGGACCGUCAGGAGAAGUUGUUGAGACAGUACAUAUAUCAUCUGGUGAAUAUGAGUCGUCAGGUGAAAUUAUUGAGACAGUGGCUGUAUCAUCUGGAGAAUAUGAGUCGUCAGGUGAAGUUAUUGAGACAGUACAUAUAUCAUCUGGUGAAUAUGAGUCGUCAGGUGAAGUUAUUGAGAUAGAGCAUGUAUCAUCUGGUGAAUAUGAAUCGUCAGGAGAAGUUAUUGAGACAGCGCAUGUGUCAUCCGGUGACUAUGAACCGUCAGAAACUAUUGAGACAAUACAUAUAUCAUCUGGCGAAUAUGAAUCGUCAGGAGAAGUUAUUGAGACAGCGCAUGUGUCAUCCGGUGACUAUGAACCGUCAAAAACUAUUGAGACAAUACAUAUAUCAUCUGGUGAAUAUGUGUCAUUAGGUGAAGUUAUUGAGACAGAGCAUGUAAUUUCUGGUGAAUAUGAAUCGUCAGGUGAAGUUAUUGAGACAGAGUAUGUGUCAUCCGGUGACUAUGAAUCGUCAGAAACUAUUGAGACAGUACAUAUAUCAUCUGGUGAAUAUGAGUCGUCAGGAGAAGUUAUUGAGACAGUGCAUGUAUCAUCUGGUGACUAUGAAUCUUCAGGAGAAGUUAUUGAGACAGAGCAUGUAUCAUCUGGUGACUAUGAAUCGCCAGAGACUAUUGAGACAGUACAUAUAUCAUCUGGUGAAUAUGAAUCGUCAGGUGAAGUUAUUGAGAUGGAGCAUGUAUCAACUGGUGAAUAUGAAUCGCCAGGAGAAGUUAUUGAGACAGAGUAUGUGUCAUCCGGUGACUAUGAAUCGUCAGAAACUAUUGAGACAGUACAUAUAUCAUCUGGUGAAUAUGAGUCGUCAGGAGAAGUUAUUGAGACAGUGCAUGUAUCAUCUGGUGACUAUGAAUCUUCAGGAGAAGUUAUUGAGACAGAGCAUGUAUCAUCUGGUGACUAUGAAUCGCCAGAGACUAUUGAGACAGUACAUAUAUCAUCUGGUGAAUAUGAAUCGUCAGGUGAAGUUAUUGAGAUGGAGCAUGUAUCAUCUGGUGAAUAUGAAUCGUCAAAAGAAGUUAUUGAGACAGCGCAUGUGUCAUCCGGCGACUAUGAAUCGUCAGAAACUAUUGAGACAGAGCAUGUAUCAUCUGGUGAAUAUGUACCACCUGAAGAAGUUAUUGAAACUGUACAUGUAGCAUCGGGUGAAUAUGAGUCAACAGGAGAAAUUGUAGAAACAGAACCUGUCUCAUCUGGUGAAUAUGACACACCAGGGGAAGUUAUUUCGAUACAAGAAUAUAUAUCAUCUGGAGAAUAUGAAUCGUCAGGGGAAGUUAUUGAAACAGCACAUGUACCAUCCAGGGAAUAUGAAUCGUCAGGAGGAGCUUUUGAAACAGUACAUGUAGCAUCAGGUCAAUACGAAUCGUCAGGAGAAAUUGUUGAAACAGAACAUGUCUCAUCUGGUGAAUAUGAAUCACCAGGGGAUGUUAUUGAAACUGCAUAUGUAACAUCCAGUGAACAUGAAUCGUCAGGGGAAGUUAUUGAGACAGAACAUGUGUCACCCGGUGAAUAUGAAUCAUCAAUGGAAGCUACUGAACCAACACAUGUGUCAUCAAGUGAAUAUGAAUCGUCAGGACAAAUUAUUGAAACAAAAAACGUGUCAUCUAGUCAAUAUGAAUCGUCAGUGGAAGUUAUUGAGACAAAGCAUGUGUCAUCUGGCGAGUAUGAAUCAUCAAGGGAAGGUAUUGAAAAAGGACACGCACCAUCAGGUGAAUAUGAAUCGUCAGGGGAAGUUAUUGAGACAGAAGAAUAUGUGUCGUCUGGUGAAGAUGAAUCAUCAGGCGAUGUUAUCCAUGGAGAAAAAGGUAUAAUAUCUCGUGAACAUGAAUCGUCAGGGGAGAUUAUUGAGUCAGAAACAAAUGUGUCAUCUGGUGCAUAUGAACCAAGAGAAGAGACUUUACGAGCUGAGAAGUUACACGGAGUGAUGAAUGAAACUACCGCAAAACGGACUGACCAAAGUGAAGAUCACGAUGGCAGUGGUGCACUUAUGGAUUCAGGAGAGUCCGGCGGCAUGCCAGAAAGCAAACAAGUUGCUGAUCGUCAUUUAGAGACAGAUACAACAACUAAAACGACAUCACAUCCAGGUUAUUCUGCAGUAACAAAACAUGUCACGGAUGGACAAUCAAUAGUCUGGUCUACAACUGAUGUUCACGUAACUGGAGACAGUGAUAAAUCAAUUAUUGAAUAUACUGAAUACAACAUAGUCAGUUCUGGAGACGGUCCUUUCAUUGAAUACAUACCUGACAAACAUACAAGUGUUCAACCUGACUAUUCAACCGACUACAGUACUGGUGCAGAUGAAGAUAUUAUCAAAGAAGCAUCUACCAUUUCUGAAACAAGCAAAACAACUGAACUACCUACUGUGAAAAGCAGUACACAAAUCCAAACAACACCAGAUAUAUCUGAUAUGUUUUACGGUUCUGGUGAUGACGAAACAGCAUCAGACCUGUUUCAGACCGAGACAGCUAAUUACAGAGGUGAUGCUUUUUCAGUUACAAAAGAAGCAAAUACCACAGCUAAAGUAACAACAGUACGUUCACCAUCAUGGGAACUGUCUUCAGUAAAUUUCACGACUGUAGACCUAGUCAAAACGAAAACUGUCUCACAAGUGGACAUAUUCAGUACAUGGGUAACAAAACCACCAUCUACUGUAACAAUGACAGAAACUGGCACUGGAACUACGAGUUAUUUGGUUCCAAAAUGGACUGAAGAAAGAAUAAUUAAAACAAACGACACAAUUGCAAAUGUUACUUACACCGGUUCACCUGGAACCAAUACAUCUUUUUACAGCUCUGAUUUAUUUGAAGUAUCAGGUCAUUCGCAGUACAUAAAUGGUUCAACUAUAAGAACUGGAUCAACUACAUCUGAAAACACAACGCCAUCUACGAAACAUAAAAAGAUAAGCGUACAAUACACGACAGCUAUUCCGACAGGCGAAAGAAGUAAAAUAAGCACCUACGACACUUUAACUAUAGUUAGUUCAACGGAACGACCGAAGCAAAAAGUUAUUAAUCCUUGGUUAGCGGCCCGAAAACACAUUGAUGCCCCUACCAAAACUAAUCCCAGAACACGAAAGACCGAAAACGACCAGCCACUUAAUCCUUGGCUAGCAGCUAGAAGAUAUCUUGGAAGAAUGAGAAAAAAAUUUAGACCGAAAACCACACCGAAAGUGUCCACAACAAAGACACCUGAAAUUACAUAUAAAGACAAUAUAAAUGCCACAAUUUCAACGGACUCAGAUCAACCCCUUCAUGCAUUGACUGCGGAAUAUGAAAUAUCAACUACACAAACUGAGAAAACAACAAUUAUGAAUAAAACAGCUGAUAGCACCACCCUAGAAAUGCCACAAGACAGUAGAUUAACAGCGAAUGCUACUAAGAUAGAUGAAACAACUUUUUCAUACACGAAAACACAAAAUGCAAGUCAGACAGCAUCUGCCUAUUAUGAUUGGGAAGUUGUUUCAAUCGACAAACCCAGCGAUAGUCAAAAUAUCAUAGAUAAAAUGCAUGAACGCUUUACGACUCAUUUGAAAACUGAAUCCAUUCAACCAACUGCCAGCAUACAGAUUUCAAAAAUCUUUUCAGAUGAUAUCUCAAACAAGAAAUAUACAGAAUCAACAUUCUUAUACUCUGAUUCAAGUGAUAUACUUACGUUUCCUACUAGCGUAUCAUUUAGUGAUCAUUUGAAAGAUCAGACAACAAGCAUGUCUUUGCAUGAGACUCCAACCACGCCGUACACGGAGCUAAUAACAAUGAACUAUUCCUUAACUAAACACACUCAGUCUAUAGAGCAAUCAAAAGCUACAGAAUCGUUAGCCACAUUCUUAUCUGAAACAGUUAACUUAUUUACUGCAGCUACCAUGUCAUUCGAAAGUCCUGUUCAGUUAUAUAGUACAGCUACUGACAUGCCCUAUACUGAUCAAUUUGUUCUUGAUACAUUGGAUAAAUCGAGGCAAGACAAGGUUUCAGCUACGGCUUCAUAUCUCGAGCCAUUACAAACGACCGUUCAAGCACCAAUCACGGCAUCUGACAUGCAUUACACUGACGAUACAACGGAAAUAUUAACACAAAAGAAGGUUUCACCUACGUAUACAGAACACGAACCAUUAAGAACCACAGAUCAGUUACCAACUACGGUUACUGACAUACAUUACCCUGACGAUACAAUAGAUAUAUCAACACUGGACAGGCUUUCAACUACUGAUACAGCUUACCAGCCAUUUCAAUCAACAGUUCCGUUAACAUCUACGGAUACUUAUAUGCGUUAUACUGAUGAUAGAAUGUACAUUACAACACAAGACAAGGUUUCAGCUCCGGUUACAGAUCACAAGCCAUUAAAAACUACAAUUCAGUUACCAACUUCUGUUACUGAUAUGCGUUUUACUGACGAUACAAUAGAUAUAUUAACACAAGACAAGCUUUCAAUUACGAUUACAGAUCGCGAGUCUUUAAGAUCUAUAGUUCAGUUACCAACUACGGCUACUGAUAUGCGUUAUACUGACCAUACAAUAGAUAUAUCAACACAAGACAAGCUUUCAACUACGGUUACAGAUCGCGAGCCAUUAAGAUCUAAAGUUCAGUUACCAACUACGCUUAAAGUUUCAAAUACGGGUAAAUAUGAGCCAUUAAGAUCUAAAGUUCAGUUACCAACUACGGUUACUGAUAUGCGUUAUACUAAAGAUACAGUAGAUAUACUAACACAAGACAAGCUUCAUACUUCGGUUACAGAUUACGAACCAUUAAGAACAUCAGUUCAGUUACCAUCUACGGUUACUGAUAUUCGUUAUACUAAAGAUACAGUAGAUAUACCAACACAAGACAAGCUUCCGACUUCGGUUACAGAUUACGAACCAUUAAGAACAUCAGUUCAGUUACCAACUACGGUUACUGAUAUGCGUUAUACUGACGAUACAAUAGAUAUAUCAACACAAGACAAGCUUUCAACUACGAUUACAGAUCGCGAGUCUUUAAGAUCUAUAGUUCCACUACCAUCUACGGUUACUAAUAUACGUUAUACUGACCAUACAAUAGAUGUAUCAACACAAGACAAACUUUCAACUACAGAAAAAUACAGUGAUAAACAUGAUGGAGAUGAGUCCACGUCAUAUACAACUAUGAGUCAUUUCGAAACACCACAGACUCCAAAGAUGUCAAUACCUUGCCAUGUUGUAAAGAAAUGUGGACCGAUUCCAGAAAUUCCAAAAUUGCCUGACUUUUUCGAAACAACUAAGGUAACUACUCAAGUUCAUCUUGAACCUUUGAUAUCUGACAGUAUCACUGAAGUAGAAAAAACAACAAUUCAAGACACAGCUUCAUCGCAGUUUUUAUUAUCAACAAUUCCACCACCAUUGUUACAACCAUCUACUUUCUCACUGCCAGUGGCAGAAUCGCCAUCAACAUCAGUAAUAGUGACUGAGACACCAGCAUUACCUGAUUUAGAUUAUAUUACAGAAUUUUCUCCACUUCCAACAGAAACAGCGGAAACACCAUUAUCAGAAACACUCUCAUUAUCAGUAACAAUGACCAUACAAACUACACUGUCAGAUAUAAUAACGCCAACAUCUUCAUUUCAUGAUGCAAUUACUUCAGCUUCUGUAAUGCCUACUUUAUUAUCUGAUACGUCUUCUUUACCUGCAGUAGUAAAGGAAAUACCAUCACUUCCAGCAGAAAUGACGGGACUAACCGUGUUGUCGUCAACAAUAAAGAAAACACCUUUACUGCCAGACGGAUUGAUGGAAACAAUUUCAUUUCUGCCAACAAUAUCGGAAACUCCUUCACUGUCAGUCAAAACGGCAGAAACAAUUUCACCUAGAGGGACAAUGCUAGCAACAACAUCGAGUGUACCAGUGACGGUUAAGGAAAUGUCUCCACUGAUAGCAACAAAAAAGGAAACGGUUUCACUGCCGUCAACAGUUUCUAUAUCACCUUUACUGUUGUCAUCAAUUUCUUUACCUCUAGAAACAAUACCGACAUUGUUUUUAUUGUCAGCAAAAAUAGUAGAAACACCUUUAUUGACAACAUCAAUAGCUAAAACAACAUCUUCGUCAGUAAUAUCAACGGAAACACCUACAUUGCCUACCGCGAUAGAUAAAACAACAUCUACAACUAUAACAGAAUUAUUUUCAUUGUCAGCAGCACUCACGGAAGUACCUUCAUUGCAAGCAACGAUAACGAGAUCAAAUGUAUUGCUAGUUACAAUGACAGAAAUACCUUUAUUGGACCCAAGUUCAUCAUUAUCAUCAUCAACAUCUACAUCUUCACUACGAUCAAUCAUGCCACAAGACCAGUUUUCGUCAACUUUAUUACUUUCACAAACAUCAUUAAUGUCAUUUGCACCGAUGGAAAAACUUCCUUGCCCAAAAAUACAGAAACACCAUCAAAAAUCAACGUUACGAAAACCCUUUUUUGUCCAGCAACUCGGAUAA